AUGGCGAGUCUUACACGGAUUGGCGUUGUCUGCCGAAUUGGAGCCAAACCUCUGCUCCUUAGCAACACCCUCCUUCCUCGGGGAUUGGUCGCCUACCAGAAGAGCCGUGAUGUGGAGCCAUUCCGAUUGGCCGUGCCACAGAUUCAAGCUGCUCAGUCACACACAGCGACCUCCGGCUCCAAGGCAGCGUCCAUGCACUGGACGAGCGAGAGGGUGUUGAGCGUGCUCCUGCUGGGCAUGGCGCCCGCUGCCUACCUGUACCCAGGCCCUGUCCUGGACUACACUGUCGCCGCUGCCCUCACUCUCCAUGGGCACUGGGGCAUUGGACAGGUGCUGACAGACUAUGUCCAUGGAAAGACAAAGAUCAGACUGGCCAAAGCCGGUCUGUUCACCCUGUCCAUGGUCACCUUCGCUGGUCUCUGCUACUUCAACUACAAUGACGUCGGUGUCUGCAAGGCCAUAGCCAUGCUGUGGCGCGUCUAAACCCGGGGGCUGAUGU